GCCACGAUAGGCAAGUUGGGUUUGUAUUCAAGUCAGAGACACGGGACUUCGCUAUAGUCCUGUGAGCUUACAAACGUUGCAAACGAUUGAUUUAAAGACUUUAUAGCCUAUAAACAAUUUAUAGUGUCGUUUGCUUGGCUCCAACACUAAUUACAGACAAAAACCAGCGAUAAAAGACAAGUGAAACAUAAUCCCAUGGAUUUGAAUUUUUUUCUUUGUGCUGUCAUUUUGUCCUCCCCCUCUAAAAUAGAACUAAUAUGCCUACGAAUAAAAUAGCCUAUAUUCAUAUGCCUGUUAAGUAACAUGCAGUAAGAAAACGUAGAAAAAAUAGCACUGGAUAAUGUUUUAUUAUAAUUAGCAUUUCCUGAAAAAUAUUUGAUCAGUUAUUAACAAUUCAAAUGUUUGUUAUUCUUUAAAAAAAAUUCAUUGUUUAAACGCUUGUGGUAAACCCAUAAAACAGCACAAGUUAAUUUUAAACCGCAUAAGCUGAUGUGGCAUGUUUCGAGAGUAUUUGCCCAUUGUGUGUUUGCGUGAAAGAGGGAGGGGGUGGAUAAAGGAGAGAGAGAGGGAGAGAGAGAGAGAGACUUCGCGCACAAUGGCGGAAAAUUGAAGGUAUAUUUGCGAAAGCCCUGGUUCCUUAUCCGGGGACUACAUCGUCCUAUGCCAUUGGGCCAUUAUGUCACGUGGUAAAAGUAACUUUACAGGGUUGCUCGCUAGUAGGAGGGCUUUAUGGAGCAGAAAAACGACAAAGCUAGAAAAAUUAUAUUCCACUCCAGAAAUUAAUGAUCAUGAGCUCGUAUUUGAUGGACUCUAACUACAUCGAUCCGAAAUUUCCUCCUUGCGAGGAAUAUUCGCAAAAUAGCUACAUUCCCGAACAUAGCCCAGAAUAUUACAGCCGUGCAAGGGACAGUGGCUACCAGAAUCACCACCAGGAGUUAUACCCUCCGAGGGCGAGCUACCAGGAGCGACAGUAUAACUGUGCAAGCAUCCCUGAACCUGAUACUCAAAGAGGACAUGGACUGCCUCACGCGGGGCACCUGCUCGGGAAAGGGCAGUCUGCCUCAUGUGAGCCCCCGCCGUUACCCUUGUCUCCUGCUACCCCUCCGGCUGCAUCCUCCGCCUGCAAUCAAGCCACUCCGGAGCAUCCCAACAGCUCAGCUUCUGCCAAACAACCAGUAGUGUACCCAUGGAUGAAGAAAAUUCACAUCAGCACCGUGAACCCUAAUUACAAUGGAGCGGAACCCAAGCGGUCUAGAACUGCUUACACUCGCCAGCAAGUCUUAGAAUUGGAGAAGGAAUUCCACUAUAAUCGCUAUUUAACGAGGCGAAGACGAAUCGAGAUCGCUCAUUCCUUGGUCCUCUCGGAGAGGCAAAUCAAAAUUUGGUUUCAGAACCGCAGGAUGAAGUGGAAAAAAGACCAUAGGCUGCCAAACACCAAAGUAAGAUCCUCGUCUUCGACGGGAAUUUCCUCCGGGUCCAACACAAGCUCGACGGCUGGCGUUGUGGCGGCAGCUUCCUCCACCAAUACCAUGUCAGCCUCCGAAGAUCUCUCCGGAACCGAGCGUGGCGAGGAUAUUACAAGGAUAGUCGCACGAAAUAGCAAAAGAGUGGAAUUCGGAGGAAAACGGACUCCUCGUUUGGUCGCUUUCAUGCAAUUUGCAACUCGAGCGGACAGCUGUUCUGCAAGCACACAACCUGGCGAAGCAGACAAGCUUGCAACAACACAGUAUGGAGGCAGUAUGUGGAACUUCCAACAACUCUCACAUAGCCGGUGUUCCAUUUCCGCCUUUGAUGUCAGCCACCCCGCGAACGAAAUACCAAAGAUGAAUUGCAUGGACCGGGCGGACAAAGAGCCUUUUAUGGACAACACUACGGAAAGAGACAAGAAGAACAAUGUGUCAACUUUCUGCUCUUCAACCGAUAUGUUUUACCCUUGGAUGAGACAACCAAGCAUAAACUUAAGAUCAAUUAAAAUCAGGGAAUCAGGUGAUUCCAGGUAUAGCAGAGGUGCAGAAGGUUUCAGAAAAAGAGUACUAUGGGAUGGCACUUGUUCUAACAGUAAACGCCCACGUGCGUCCUUCACCUCCUCUCAGCUACUGGAGCUGGAGAAAGAGUUUCAUUUCAGUGCGUACCUGUGUCGCCCACGGAGGCUUGAAAUGGCUGCACUGCUAAAGCUCAGUGACCGCCAGAUUAAAAUCUGGUUCCAAAAUCGUCGCAUGAAGUACAAGAAAGACCACAAGGAAAAGCAAAAGGCGAAGUUCACAUACUCUUACAUGGACACUGGAAACCAGCUCUCUGCGCUUAGUGCACCACAAUGAAUGCUUCAGUACCAUUCGAUUUCCCGAACCUGUUUGAGAAACCACCAAUGUCUGUCAUAAACUGUGUGAAAUGGUGAAAUUUAUACAGCUAGAGACUUUCUUCUAUUUUCAGACGUCAACUGUACCUUGUCUUUAGUAAAGUCUUACCUGCAGACAGAUGGUCCUACUUCCGUACUUAAUUAUCACACAAUAAUGAAAGUCCUCUGACAUCAUAAGGUCUUUAUGAGCAGUGAAAUUCACCACACAUAUUGUUUCACUGGUUAUUCUGGUCAAUAUACAUCACACUCAUGUUAAAGAAAAUUCAGUAUUGCUUCCUGAUCUAGAAGAUAAGUUAACUUGAAAGAGUCACUUUGGCAAAUUCAUUCUGUAACAGAUUACACAUUUUCAGCCGGUACAUGGCAAAACAGUUCCCAUUGUAAAUAAACUGCUUUAGUAAUAUCUCUACAAAGCUUUGAGGUUUGUUUUACAUGGAUGCAAGCUCUCAUGUACAAAUGUAUUUCCUGGGCACAGAAAAUAUGAUUUUCAAUAUGCAAUGGACAUUAACAUGAUGUAAAAAUUCUCCUGACUUCUGUAAGCGCUCAGCAUAUUUUUAUUAUUCCCAAAAUGAUAUGCCAUUUCCCAGGGCAUGCAGCGUCUUUUAAGAGAAUUUUGUUUAUUGUAAUGGCCAGAAAUGUUUAAAUAUUCAAACCAUGUCAAAUUUCACUGUCUAUUAUUGAAGCUCCGAUGACUCUGAGUUUGAAGUCAUGUGUCUUCUUAAGGUGGAACUGCCCUUGUUGUAUGAUUUUGAAUGUACGGUUCAUUUGAAUCAGAAUUUACGCUCGUUGUAGAACUGACAGAUGAGAUAAUUACUCCAACACCGCAACAAGACUAUUCUGCUAUUUCAAAAUAAUAUGUCAAUGUCAGAAUGUACAGUGUCCUUGCAUUUGUGAUGUGUAUUGUCUUGGUUUUCUAUUUGUGUAUUCAUUACAUUUAUGUGCAGAAGCUGGAAUGUAAUUUUAAAAUUGUAUUCUAGAUUUUACCACCUUUAAUCGAUAAGUGAACUGUUAUUGAUCCAUAUCUUAUUGAAACCAUACGAUUCAAACGGAAUAGUUGUUGUGGUUAAUUGAAUCUCUCUUCUUAGUCAAUAAAGCUGAA